AAUAGUUAAACCAAUUCAAUAAAUUUUGGUUAAGCAUAGGUGGAUUGACUAUUCUUUCGAAGAGUCUGAAACACUAAAAUAUCAUUGUUUUCAACGUUUUGGCUUCCUGUCAUUUGGGUCAUAAAAGUGAAGUUCUACUUGGGAAUCAAAAGGCAGAGCUUGUCAUUGUUGGUGUUUUUGAGUAGAUAGCAUGGAGCCACAAUGUGCAAUCAAGAAAGAUGCCACUGAAUUGAUAGGGAAUACACCAAUGGUAUAUCUGAACAACAUUGUGGACGGGUGUGUAGCCCGUAUUGCUGCUAAACUUGAGUACAUGCAAGCCUGCUGUAGUGUCAAAGAUAGGAUUGCACUGAGCAUGAUUGAAGAUGCUGAGAAAAAAGGCCUUAUUACACCUGGAAAGACUGUUCUGGUUGAGUGCACAAGUGGUAACACCGGCAUAGGAUUGGCAUUCAUAGCAGCAUUGAGGGGCUAUAAACUUAUGGUGACAAUGCCAUCUUAUGUGAGUCUCGAGAGAAAAAUUAUACUGCGAGCCUUUGGAGCUGAGGUAUAUCUUACAGACCCUGCCAAAGGAAUUGAUGGUGUUAUUCAGAAGGCAGAAGAACUACUAGCGAAGACACCUCACAGUUAUAUGCUCAACCAAUUUGAAAACCCUGCCAAUCCAAAUAUUCAUUAUGAGACAACAGGCCCCGAGAUUUGGAGAGACUCAGGAGGGAAAGUUGAUGCUUUGGUUUCAGGGAUAGGAACUGGGGGGUCAAUAACAGGUGCUGGAAAAUUCCUCAAGGAGAAAAACCCAGAAAUCAAGCUGUAUGGUGUGGAACCAGCUGAAAGUGCAGUUUUGAAUGGAGGACAGCCAGGUAAGCACCUGAUCCAAGGAAUUGGUGCCGGUAUCAUUCCCCCCAUUCUGGAGGUUAAUCUUCUAGACGAAGUUAUUCAGAUUUCAAGUGAAGAGGCUAUAGAAACUGCUAAGCUGCUUGCGUUGAAAGAAGGUUUGCUGAUGGGAAUUUCAUCGGGAGCUGCAGCAGCUGCUGCAAUAAAGGUGGGAAAAAGACCAGAAAAUGCAGGAAAACUCAUUGUUGUGAUUUUUCCCAGUUUUGGAGAACGUUACUUAUCUUCACCACUGUUUGAAUCCAUUAGGCAUGAAGCUGAACAAAUGACAUUUGAUUAAGGUGCAUAAGCAUAAAUAGCUGAAGUUAGUGCUUGUUGAGUACUCGUUAAAUAAUCACUACUGUCUGUAGUGUGGUCUAAAAUAAGUUAAAUAACAUUUGGAUUGACUACUCAAUUUCAAUUUGUAGCAUGUGAAAAUGAGCCUAUUGUAUGAGAUUUCAAAAGUUGUUUUGAGCUCAUCCAAAUAGGAUCAAAAUGCUUGUAAAUGAUAAGGCCAAAUAAGUUGAGACCAUACUCUUCUGAAUGGAACAUAAGGUCAGAAAUCCCUAAUGUUGUGUGUGGAUGAAGAAUUUUAGAAAUUUAAGAAAUUUAAAAUUCUUAAAA